UCUCUUUCAGCUGAGCAGCGUGUGUUCCUCGGAGGUGACGGAGACAGCUGGUCCUUCCCUGGUCCUGCAGAAAGGGAGCGGAGCCUCCGGCCGCAGCCACGGAACACAAGCCCGGGAUGGCGUCGCUCGGCGUGGGGCUGCAUCUCAGCCACAGGCGGGGAGCGGGCAGGAGCCCUGCGGUGGAGAGGAGGAAUCUGCUGACUGUGUGCAGGUUUUCGGUGAAGACUCUGCUGGACCGCUCUUGUUUUGACACAAUAGAUGACUCGUCUCCAGAGUUUGUUAACUUUGUUUCCAUCCUGGAGCAUAUCCUCAGCCACCGACUUAAAGGUCAGACGACUUGGUUUGGUUAUGAGAGUCCUCGCAGUUUCUGGGAUUGCAUAAAAGUUGCCUGCAGUAAAGUCCCGCAUAACUGCAUCCGAAGCAUUGAGAGCAUGGAGAAUGUGCGAUCGUCGAGAGCCAAAGGCAGAGCAUGGAUCAGAGUGGCCCUGAUGGAGAAAAGAAUAUCAGAAUACAUCUCCGCUCUGAGGGAUCUAGAAACGACCAGGAGGUUUUAUGAGGAUGGAGCGAUAAUGCUGGGAGAGGAGGCGGGGCUGUUAGCAGACACACUCAUCGGACUCAACACCAUCGACUUCAGCUUCUGUCUGAAAGGAGAAGGCCUGGACGCUAGCUGCCCCCCUGUGAUCGACUACACACCUUACCUGAAGUUCACGCAAAGCGCGGACAGCAUCAGCAGCGACGAGGAGGAGAUGAGGACUCUGGGCAGCAGCGGCAGCGAGAGCAGCACCCCUGACAAAACGGCAACGGCCGCCUCCAUCUUCACUGAGCAGAGCAACCUAGUCAGCAAGUGCAAACGCUUUGAGCAGAAGUAUCGCAUGGCGCUGGAGCAGAAGGGUUACCUUGAAGAGCUGGUCCGUCUGCGUGAGGCCCAGCUGUCAGAGGCCAUGUCUCACAACAAAGCUCUUCAGCAGGGCCUAACAGACAUGCACCUCUCACACACGCUGGAGAAGGAGCAGCUUGAGUACAUCGUGUUAGAGCUACAGGACCAACUGACGGUGCUGAAGAACAAUGAUUUGCGGUCCAGACAGGAGCUGACAGCCCAUCUGACCAAUCAGUGGCCGUCUCCUGUUGCCUUGGAUGCCAAUGCCGUUGCCUUGGAUACGCUGCUGUACAGGAAGAGAAGGGGACAGUGGGAGGAAAAGAGUUUCCAGAGUCUGGAGCAGCUGUCUGCAGACAUGAGCCUCUCCCAGACAUCUCUCGAGCCAUCACACUCGUUGAGUCUGGAGGUCCAACCAACCGGCAGCUCACACUGGUCCCAGCAAGGUAAAGAAGAAACUCAAUCUUUAAGAGGUCUGUGCGGCUCCCUGACCUCAGUCGCCAGCUACAAGUCUCUGGCCACCCUGAAGUCCAACGAGUGUUUGGCCAGUCCUUCAACAGAGAUCUGCAGCCCUGACAUCACGCCUUCAUAGCUAACAAAAGACUCAUAAAACAGACCAUACCCAGGCCCAAACAAUCCAGGAACUUUCUAAAUGUAGGUGAUUUUGUUUUGCAGUGUGGAGACGUUCAUGUUUAGAUGUGGAGCCUAGAGCUUCAGCAGAAGACAGACAGGUUUUCUUGCUGAGAGUAUGAUUCAGCAUGUUUUUUAAUGCGUUAAGUCUCAGCACCAGCUCAAAGGGACCGAAUCAUGUUUUCUAAAUGUUUGUUUAGUGACUCUUUAGAGAGGGAUUACAGCUUCAUCUUCAUUUUCUAUUGGUCUGUUUUUUGAUGCAAGAAUUAUCAUUUCACUUUACCAUUUAAAGACAGUGAUGAGUUCCUUUUUUCAACCCCCUCUCUCUCUCUCUUUCUUAAAAAAGGGUUCUUCAAAGAGAUCUUAGCAUGCUAAAUAUACUGUUGAAGGUCGGAUAAAGUUUAGGAGAAAAACACAACACUUUAAUUGUCAACACUCUUGUCACUUCAAAUCAUUUCCUCAAGUUGACAAGGUAUUUAUUAUUAUUAGAAUUUUAUUAUAUAAAUUCUUGUUUUUUAAUCAAGUUGUUUCUUAUUUUACGAUAGUGACCGUAUUUUCCACUUUCAUCAGUUGCUAUCUCACAUGUGUUCAGGUGUAAAUGUUCUCAGUUUUGGAUUUUAUGGUAUGUUGCCAGUGUUGGUUAUGAUACAGUAUGAAAUGGUUUCAUUCUCAGGUAAUGAUCACAUAUACACUAAUAUUGGCCUCUUCAGUCUGGGUUCAUUUUAAAGUUCAGCUUCAUCAGACAGACCGGGGUUAAACCCUUUCACUAUUCCAACGCAGUGUUUCAAUGGCUAGUUACCACACAUAGAUCAUUAACAAAUGAUCUGUGUUAGGAUGUGUUCCAAGGAUAUCCUACAACGGCUAUCUUUGCAAUAAGGAAGUCUAAUAGCAGAAUAUCCGUUUAAUGUGAUUUGUAUUAUUUGUGACUAGCCGUGUACCUGGACACUGGAGUCAUGAGUUUGCCUUUAGCUCAUUGCAGCAGUCAUUUGCACAGCCAUGCAGUAUAGUUUUGAUUUAUUUGCUUUUAUAUGCUUUGUUUUGAAUAAACUCCACUUUAUUUAAACGGUGAAAAUUGAAUGAAGACGUUUGACUUUCUUGUUGACAAUAAACAGGUGUGUGGAUACAGCGUGUGUAAAUCAGCAGGUUCAAAUGAUAAAAAAAAA